AUGGCAGCAGCUGAAGAAGACAAAUCACUGCUACCCCGGCUGCCUGAGCUGUUCGAAACCAUCCAACAACUUCUGGAUGAAGUGGAAGAAGCAGCUGAACCCACAGCUUCCCGGAUAAUCCAAGACAAGGUGUUGAAGGGGCUAGACCUGCUUAAGACAACCGCUGAAAUGUUAUCACAGCUUGACUUAUUCGGCCAAAAUGAAGAUUUGGAAGAGAUUGCUUCCACCGACCUCAAGUACCUUAUGGUGCCAGCAUUUCAAGGUGCGCUCACCAUGAAACAAGUCAACCCCAGCAAACGUCUAGAUCAUUUGCAGUGGGCUCGAGAACACUUUUUAAACUAUUUAACUCAGUGCCAAUACUAUCAUGUGGCAGAGUUUGAGUUGCCCCAAACCAAGAACAACUCAGCUGAAAAUAACACUGCUAGUUCCUCCAUGGCCUACCCUAGCCUCAUUCCUAUGGCGUCUCAAAGGCAGGCUAAAAUAGAGAGAUACAGAGAGAAGAAGGAGGCAGAGCGUAGGUUGUCUGCAAUGAGAUCUGCUAUGGAAAGUAGUCAAGUAGAUGACGAGCAUGUUCGUGAAUAUUACCUCCUUGACCUCAGAAGGUGGGUUUGUAUCAGCUUAGAAGAGAUAGAGAGCAUUGACCAGGAGAUAAAGAUCCUGAGAGAAAAAGACUCUUCACAAGAGGCAUUGACUUCUCACUCAUCUCUUCAGGACAGGCCUCCAGUGAAACCCUUCACUCUCACUCGGAAUGCAACCCAAGCCAAAGUAUUUGGAGCUGGUUAUCCAAGCUUGGCAUCCCUUACGGUGAAUGACUGGUAUGAUCAGCAUUGGAAAUGUGGGGCAUUGCCAGAUCAGGGAAUAGCCAAGACAGCACCAGAGGUCAAAAGCUCAGCUCAGGAACAGGAAGAUCAGGAACAAGAGGAUGAGGAUGAUGAACAAACAUUCCACCAAGCUCAACAGCAGGAUGACUGGAAGGACACCCAUCCUAGGGGCUACGGCAACCGACAGAACAUGGGUUAG